GAGCAUUCCAACUCGCCUUCCACGGAAUUCGCCAAGCGUCGGAUGCUGGCCCUCGCGCUGCUGCCAAAGCUGGUCUUUGGCCAAAGCUGUGCCGCAGACAGCCAGGCUUGUCAGGAGUGGCGCUCCUUCGAGAGGUGUGCUAUUCCAGCAGGAGAUGACCUCGGGGAGCCAUUGUGGCUCACAGUGCAGGAGGCGAAGCUCCGCUGUGAGGAGGAGGCGGAGUGCGCCGGCUUCACGUUCGAGGGAAGCCGCCCGGAAGGGCCGCUGUCCGGCGGCCGGGUCUGGGUGCACCUGAAGCGCAUCUUCGACUGCGUCGAUGCCGAGUGGGUUGCCUGGCGAAAGGCGGCCGGGCACCAGACGGCCCAGGCGCCGGCACCGGCGCCGCCAGAGGCGCGCCUUGAGGCCUUGAGCGCGGCGGCUUCGGGGGCAGGGACUGCCUUGUGCCUUCAGGGUCAGGUGCGUAUGCUGGCACACACGCAUUUGGCUCUGGAGCAGCACCUGCUGCAAGUGCUGCAGCCAGAUCUUUUCCUGUACGGGCCAAAGACGCCCGAGGAUACCCCGGAGGGCCCCGAGAUAUACAGCCUGAAGGACGACUAUGUGGUGGAGGCCCGCUGGGAGGUUGAGAACAUCAGAGACCAGCUAUACAACGAGACCUCCAACCCAGGUCAGGUCAUCGACCUGGAGUACUUGCAGGUGCAAGGCAACUGGUUUGGCAGUCAGUGCCUGGACCCGCCUUUGCGGGACAACCGUCCUGGCAGUGCGAUUUGCUCCUACUACAGCCAACAGAAGUGUCUGGAGAUGAUCCAGGCUCAGGAGGCCCAGCGCGGCCAAGCGUACCACUACGUGGUGGUCUCGCGCUUCGACUUCCGAUGGCUCGCGCCGCAUCCGCCGGUGGAGUUGCUGGCCGGGGAUGCAGUUUGGAUCCCUUCUGGCAGUGACUGGGAGGGGGGCAUCAACGACCGGCACGCCGCGAUGCCGCGGCACCUGGCGGAAACGUACCUGGGCGCCUGGAGGCUACUGACCUCCGGACAGGCGAAGGAGGCAAUGGUCUCGACGCUUGGGCCUACAAAGGUGAAUGGCUACCCUGGGCCCAACACCGAGAACUUCCUGCUCGCGAGGUUGCAUUACUUCGGGGUGGAGUACGAGCGCUUCCCCAGCGUCGCGUACCUGACCUGCACUCUUCGCUCAAAGAGCCGCUGGAGACGCAAUGCUUCGGCACUACAUCCCACGAUGCGCCAGGGUGGCUCUACAAGGAGGAGAUGGAGCACGCCACACGCAUCGCGAAGUGCGUCAGGUUCGCUUGGACGCCCCGGAAGAUGGAGGACUGUAAGGAGGACAUCUCGCACCUCUACCGUGGCUUCCGGUGAGCGGAUGUGACUGGCCGA